AUGGCCCCCCCUGCGUACAAGCAACGUGACGAAGUCCCUCGCAUAAGCGACGGCACUCGAUCACCGCCAUCCAACGCUCAACACCAUCACCAUCUCUUCUGUGCAUACUCUGCAAGGGAGGAAAUUAACAAGAUGGUGACCAUCCGAGCUGGGGAACGCCAAAAGUCUGCAUACAGCAUGCGCCCCGUCCGCAAGAGCGAGGAUCAGAUCAUGGAGCACAUCAGACUGGCGCAGGAGACCAGUUCACCGUCCGCACCCAUCUACUGGCAUUCCGUCAGCGGCCGAACUCCCUCGGUGACCCUCAGACAGAAACGAGCCGCACCCGGUCGUCCGCAUCUCCAAGCAUACCCACAAUGCCAUCCUGGAUGCGCUCGAGGAAUCACUGCGUGGACCCAAAGAAACUCGAACGAUCCGAUCGAGUUAUACGCUCAGAUGGCAGACCUGAUGGGUGGACGCGGCUUUCGUGAAGACGAUCGCGAUGGCAGGAACAACUUCCGUUGUCGGGGCGAAGGCGGCGAAGAUAGCGACGGUUGGAGCAUUGUGAAGCCCCGCAAGAGCUUUGGUCAUGAGGGUGCAGAGCGCUUCUCCGGGCGCAUGGGUGAUCGACCAGACCGCUUCGGACGAGAAACACCAAGUUGGCAACCCGUGACGCCCGGGAUGAACCGAGUUGGCAACCCGUGA